UGUGAACACCAAGUCGGAGGUUCAGGGAGUCGUGCUUCUGCGCAGACAUCCACGCACUGCAGGCUGAGAUCCACACAGGAAAGGCACGGAGAGGGAGAUUGACAGAGAGAGAGGGAGCGAGAGAGAGAGAGAGAGAGAGAGAGAGAGAGAGAGAGAGAGAGAGAGAGAGAGAGAGAGAGAGAGAGAGAGAGAGAGAGAGAGAGAGAGAGAGAGAGAUUUAGAGAGAGAGAGCAAGACACGGGUAACGAGUGGGCGCAUCAGAAGGACAACUUCACGAUGGGGAAGGAUGAAAUUGCGUCGCCGGCUGCACUGUUGAUUAUGGGAUACCGUAGUUAGGAGGGGAGAAGACACUCUAUCAAAUAGAGACCACUGCCUAUAUUCUCAGUCUUGGGACCCCAGACAGGGAGAAUGUUCUUAUUAUGGGAUAGAUAGACAGGCUUCCUUGUUACCAUGGAUACUAACAUGCGAAAAUUCACAGUGAGAAGAUGGUUUUCAAUUUAUUUGAAGAACAAGGCGGCGAGAAACAAAAACAAUGCAGGCUUUUGUCAACUAGAGGACGACAGCAUAGUGAAGGAGAUAGACAUCAGCCACCAUGUUAAGGAAGGCUGUGAAAAGGCGGAUCCCUCUCAGUUCCAUCUGCUCAAAGUGCUGGGGCAAGGCUCCUAUGGAAAGGUGUUCUUGGUGAGGAAGAUCAGAGGGGCAGACAGAGGUCAUCUCUAUGCCAUGAAGGUCCUGAGGAAAGCCACCCUGAAAGUUCGUGAUCGUGUGCGGUCGAAAAUGGAAAGAGACAUUCUGGCAGAAGUGAACCAUCCUUUCAUUGUUAAGUUGCACUAUGCGUUCCAGACAGAGGGGAAGCUGUAUCUCAUUUUAGAUUUUCUUCGAGGGGGAGACUUGUUUACGCGCUUGUCAAAGGAGGUCAUGUUUACUGAAGAGGAUGUCAAGUUCUACCUGGCAGAGCUGGCCCUGGCCUUGGACCAUCUGCACAGUCUGGGCAUAAUCUAUCGGGACCUCAAACCUGAAAACAUACUUUUGGAUGAAGAUGGCCAUAUAAAGAUAACUGACUUUGGACUGAGUAAAGAGGCAAUAGAAAACGAUAAAAGAGCGUAUUCUUUCUGUGGAACAAUAGAAUACAUGGCGCCAGAGGUCGUGAAUAGACGAGGACAUACACAGAGCGCCGACUGGUGGUCAUUUGGGGUAUUGAUGUUUGAGAUGUUGACAGGAUCAUUACCCUUCCAGGGAAAAGACCGAAAGGAAACAAUGGCUCUUAUUCUCAAAGCUAAACUGGGGAUGCCACAAUUCCUCAGCCCUGAAGUGCAGAGUUUGUUGAGAGCUCUCUUCAAAAGGAAUCCCACUAAUCGCCUUGGUGCUGGACCAGAUGGGGUAGAGGAGAUUAAACAACACAGAUUCUUUGCACCUGUAGACUGGAACCGGUUGUACAAAAGGGAAAUAAGACCUCCGUUCAAACCGACAGCCGGAAGGCCAGAGGACACCUUCCACUUUGACCCCGAGUUCACCUCCAGAACCCCCACUGAUUCCCCCGGCAUCCCUCCUAGUGCCAACACACACCAGUUGUUUCGAGGCUUCAGUUUCGUGGCCACAGAAAACAGCCCUGAACCCUGCGCGUCCACUGGCCCCGCCCCUCUGCCGGAAGCCAACAACAACAACGCAGUCGUACAGCAUAGUGACAUAUUAUUCAGCGAUGUGUAUGAGCUGAAGGAGGAAGGGAGACCGACAGCGCCCUCUGUCUACAAGAGAUGUCUGCACAGAGUUACUGCCGUGGAGUACUCAGUGAAGAUAAUUGACAAAGCAAGGAAGGAUCCAGCUGAGGAGAUUGAGAUUCUGUUAAGAUAUGGACAGCAUCCAAAUAUCCUUACUCUCAAAGAUGUGUAUGACGCCGGGAACACUGUGCAUCUGGUGCAGGACUUGAUACGGGGAGAUGAGCUGCUGGAUAAAGUCCUCACCAUGCCAAACUUCAGGGAGAGGGACGCCUCCCACAUCCUGUGUACCCUCGCCAAGACCGUAGAGUACCUGCACUCCCAGGGGGUCGUCCACCGGGACCUGAAGCCCAGUAACAUCCGCUUCUCAGACGACACGGGGAACCCAGAAUCCAUCAGGAUCUGUGACUUUGGGUUCGCUAAGCAGCUCCGAGCUGAGAAUGGACUACUGAUGACUCCCUGCUACACAGCUACCUUUGUAGCUCCUGAGAUUCUGAAGAAGCAGGGUUACGAUGCAGCCUGUGACAUCUGGAGCCUAGGGAUCCUGCUCUACACAAUAAUAGCUGGGUUCAGCCCCUUUGCCAGCGGCCCAGAUGACACUCCAGAGGAGAUCCUCGCUCAGAUCGGAUGUGGGAGGUUCCUUCUGGUGGGGGGGAACUGGGACCUGGUGUCAGACUCUGCCAAGGACAUUGUGACCAAGAUGCUACACGUGGACCCUCAUCAGCGUCUGACCGCCCACCAGGUUCUUCGCCACCCCUGGAUCGUAGAGAGAGAGCAACUCUCAGAUAAACCACUCAGCAGACAGGACGCCCUUAUUGUGAAGGGGGCGCUUUCGGCCACCUACUCGGCUCUGAAGCGCAACGCUCCUGCUCCGGUGCUGGAGCCUGUACUCACUUCCAGCCUGGCUCAGCGACGAGGCCUGAAGAAACUCAGUAGUAGCAGCCCCACAUUCAGCGCCAGUGCCCGGAGUCCGGACGAAGAAUUCAACCCGAGCAUCAAAUAAAAUCGAGCACCACUACUUGCCCCUUGAAGACACGUUCACAGAGGGGAGGAGGCCAUAAGAACUGUAGAACAUGUCUAGGACUCAUAAAAGUGUACGUGGGGGUUUCUUCCUUCAUUCUAGUGUCUUAGAAAGACCGUUUCACAGUGUACGUUUUGAGCAGAGAAGUCAAAGCCCUUGUUACCGAGGUAUGCCAGCUGAACUAGGCUUACUACUUUUAUGAAAUAUUUAUAAAAAUGUUUUCACACACAACUGUGUGUGAACGGAUAUUUGGACAUGUUUCUUUCUUGCUGGUGAAAAGCCUGCAAGUGGAUUGUGUGGAUGUUGAAUGCAAUAUGCCAAAUAGUCCUAGUCUAGUUUUUAGUUUAGGCUCUUACGUUGUAUACAUGAUGUAGCAGGUUGUCACAAUGGACAGCAUAUUAUCUAAAGAGAUUUACCCAGAUAAUCAUAGACAUAGUCACACAUAUGUUUUUUUUUUAAAUAAUAUACGCCAUUUGGUCUUUAGUGUUGUUGUGAUAUAGAAAAACAACAGGCUUAGUUUUACAUGUUAUACUAUAUUUGUGCUUGCUGAUAGUUCAUGAUACCAAAAAUAUAAAUGUUGUGUUCCCUGUGCAUGUUUGAUGUCCAUUGUAAAUUUUCACUAAUGCUCUUAAUUAGCUGCUAGAAUAUUUGGGUAGAGCUAUUUAUGAUGCUGAUAGUAACAUUUUAUUUUAAUUGAAUUUUUCUAACAGAGUAUCCAAAUCAUACUUUGGCCAAAGAUUAGCUUAAAAUAAUAAAGAGGAAUUGGAAUGCUUAUUUUUUACCUCUCAGUAACUCCAUAGUAGCAUUAGUUACUGCUACUAUUGCUACAUAAUUCUAUCACACAGCUUUUGGUGAAAUAACUUUUCUGUGUAAGUGUGUGUGUCAAGUCAAUAGUAUAGGCCUAUUCAUCUGUGACGGGUAUCAGCUAAAAUACUGAAAUGGUAAAGACCACCAUUGGUUUUGUUUGUGUCGUGUGAUACUAAUCCAACUCAUUCUCAUAUGCAGAUAUGUAGCUUUUGUGUUUAGCAAUGACAGUUGGCAAGUCAUGUAGGCUUUUUGAUGCUUUACAACCACUGAUCAAAUACAUGAAUGUACACACAGUAUAUUCGAAGCCAAUAUACACAUUUAUAGCAACUUAAAAUGCAUAUGUUGUCAUGUAUUCAAAAAGUAAUAAUGUUCAUCUUAUUUUUGCAGAAAAGUAUUUAUUUUAUAAUAAUUGUUGAAAUGGACUGGGGUUACAUUGUACAUUGUUAUACAUUGUGCUGAGUCACCAUAAACUGUAAAUUGUAAAUAUUCUUCAUUCAUGUAUAUUGUACAUAAAUUGACACACGACGACUUGUAAGUAAAGGGAAUGUAAAUAUAAAAUUUGGCAAUCAUACCUAAGGAAAGAGUGUAUAUUUUAUGUUUGCAUAUAUAUUAAAAUUGUAAAUAGAUUAUAUUGUAUUGUGCAAUUAUUCCUGAGACUGUAAAUUCUGUGUAUAUCUUUUUACAAAUAAAACA